AUGUACGUGGCUCUGUUCGUUUGUACCGCGACGCGAGGGGUACACUUCGAGGUGGUUCAGUCGAUGUCAACCAUCCAGACUCACCUUGCCCUGCGCCGUUUUCUGAGCCUCUACCCAGCGUGCUCGAAAUUCAUCUCCGAUAACGCGAAAUCCUUCAUCAAGGCGGCUACCGAGAUCAAAGCGGUAUUCAACUCGUGCAGAGACGAGAGAGUUCGAUCGCUGCUGGCGGAGCGCAGGAUAGAUUGGGACUUCAUCUGUCCACGGGCCCCUUGGAGGGGAGGGAUGUACGAGCGCCUGGUUGGAACGUUCAAGCGCGCCUUGGUGAAGACUUUGGGUUCGAGUUAUAUAUCGUUCGAGGAAUUCCGCACGAUCGUGGCGGAGCUCGGAUCUGUCAUCAACGACCGCCCGAUUACGCAUGCUUCUACCGAUGUCGAUGCCCCGACUGCAUUAACUCCAGGUCAUCUCCUGCGAGGUGGACCACCGACCGCGACUCUCGCCUCAGUGGAACCUCUUAACCGACUCGGUCCGAACGGCAGGGUAGAUGGCAAAGAGCUCCGAGAUGCGCAAAAGAUGAAGACAUCUUAUUUCCGCAGCCUGUCCGUAAGAUGGUACCGGGAGUACAUUCUCAUGCUCCGUUCAGCCAACCUCACGAGCGGACACGAGGCGGAGCCAAUCCAAAUCAACGACGUGUGCUUGUUAAAGGAUGAUAACCUGCCAAGAGUGCGAUGGGUUUUAGUUCGAGUUCUGGACGCACAUCCUGGCCGGGAUGGCCUCGUCAGAACGUACACAGUCCGUUUCGAGAAUGGGACAACAUCACGCCGUCCCGCUCAACUGCUUAUACCGCUUGAAGAAACUCUGGAAGAGAGGAGAUCGGUACCGCUGCAGUCAGCGGAAAACUCAGAGAACGUAAAUUAA